GACCGCAUGGUACCAAACCAAUGUGCAGCGGUACGCGGUACGGUGCGAAGGCAGCGAUACACCGAGAUUCGUGCUAGUUUAUGACAUGGAUCCUCGUAGUAAAAGGAAAAAGGGAAGUUACUGCUGUGUCGUUGGAUGCCACAAUAACAGAGCUGACGCAAGAGGGAAGCAACCUGCCAUUAAGUUUUACUCGUUCCCGAACAAGUGGUAUGAACAGGAACGCCGACGUCGGUGGAUUACAGCUGUACGACGGGUCAACGAGGAUGGCACUGACUGGGAGCCGAGCCCCACAAGCGUCAUAUGCAGCUCGCACUUCGUUGGAAAUGAGAAAGCCGUUGAUGAGGCGCACCCAGCCUACGUUCCAACGGUUUUCCCGGAAGUGUACAAGAAAAAAUCAGCCAGACCAGUGGAUGUCAUUGAACGCUACGAAAGAUCCAAGAAACGUACCCAUUCUGAUGGCAACACUAACGCCACCCGGCACAUGGAAAUUCCUGUUGCAACCACAGACAUGAAUUCCUCAUGGCUACAUAUUGAAGACAUGAUUGACUGUGAUGUGGAACAUGGCCUAAUAUCCACGGGCACGCAGACAGAAGCCACCAGCCAGUGUGAUGUUGGUACCUUCUCCGUCUUGAUGUGCACAAUUUUGGACAAUGCCGGCAGCACACAGGUUAGCCACUUGUCUUGUACUGAAAGUGCAGUUCAGGCAACGCCGCACACCAAGUCAUCUUCGACUGGCCCAGAUGACCGUUUUUGCAUUUUCCAAGGCUAUGACAGCGUUUGUGAUGAUGCAGCAACAGUGCAGGAGUUAUGUGGGAUAAGCCUACAAGGCUUUGCAUUACUUCUUAGUUUGCUUACUAGCCUCAGAGUAAAGUCAGUCAGCAUUACUGUUCCAAACAAGCUGCUAAUGUUUUUGAUGAAAUUGAAACUAGGAGUAUCGUUCUCAAGUUUGGGUACGUUGUUUGGUGUGCAUCGAUCAACAGCAAGUAGAGUAUUUUUUCUUGUCCUCACGAAUCUGGUGACCGCAACCAGGGACUGGAUUUUUCCUCCGUCACUAAGCACCGUUAGAGCUACAAUGCCACACUGUUUUAAGGAACACUAUCAUGCUUGUAGGUAUAUCAUUGAUUGUGCUGAAGUUCGAACCGAAACACCAGCUCCUGUCGAGAAGCAGCGUAGCCUUUACUCAAAUUACAAGGGAGGCAUGACCGUAAAAUUUCUGGUGGCUAUUGUACCCAAUGGGCAGAUUGCCUUUAUAUCAAAGGCAUAUGGAGGACGGGAGAGUGACACAACUAUCACAGUUCAGUGUGGAUUUCUUGACCUUGUUGAGCCAGGUGACCUGAUUCUGGCCGAUAAAGGCUUCCCUGGGAUUAAUGCACAUCUAGGACUGAAAGAUGCAAUUUUAGUCAUGCCCCCAUUUUCAUCUGGGAAUGCCCAAUUUAGCAGCCAAGAAAUGGACCAAACAUACCAGAUUGCCCAGGUCAGAGUGCAUGUGGAAAGGGCUAUUCAACGCCUAAAGGUAUUCAAUAUUAUAAACCACAGGGUGCCAGUUGAUCUCGUCCCACACAUGACAGACAUAGUUCGAAUGUGUGCAGUACUUGUGAAUUUACAAGCACCAAUUUUUAGGUCACCAGAAUGACCUGUAUAGUUUGUGUACUGGACACUUGGUAUACUGUGUGAUGAAUGCAGUGUUUCACAUGACUGUGAGUGCACCUGAGUGUGAUUAAGACUCUGUGUUUUAGUGUAAAAGUGAAACGUGAACUCAAAUCCCGUAACAAUAUUCCAUGCUGGUUUUGUGAAAUCAGAUAUGCUAGCAAACUACUGUUGUGAAAGUAGCAUUGCAAUUACAGAAAUGUUUGGCAAGAACGAAUAUGUGAGAAUAUGUCUUUAUGUAGCUACCUAUGUUUAAAGGAGACUUAAUGUCGCGAAAAUUAAGACUGCGAAAAUUUUUACUUUUACAUACCCUUUUUUACAGCUCAUGAAAUAAAACUCAAAAACACAGGGCUCUAAUUAUGAUUCAUUGUGCUGUAUACAUGCUGCACUCUGUACCUAUGCAAGAAUAAAGUAGACAACUCUGCUGGCA